AUACCUCCGUCGUAUGUUCUACAAGAAGCAGAUGGAUUUGGAAUACACCUUCUCUCAAAUGGUCUACCUCUGUAUAUCCCCGAGGAAGGUUUGUCAACUGACCAUAUACAGGCAUCAGACCAAGGGUCGGUGGUCCAGAGACGAUCCAGCGUUCGUCGUCAUCCAG